UCUAGUUGUACAGAGUUACGUCACAAUCAAAGUAUCAUAAUACCAGAUUCUGACUUUCGAGAAUAGAUAACAUGCAGCACCUGAAACGCGAUCGUCCUUGAACGACUCGUCGCGCCGCCCUAUACGAGCCCCCACUGUUUAAUCACAGACUCACAGUCCGCCGGCGUCACUUGCAGAUGAUUUAUCCAUCUCCACUCAUGUAGGUAUAAUAAUACUUUCAUUUAUUUGUCAUGUGAGUUUACCCAUAAUAUAAAUAGUACCUAAAUACACGGUGUCACCAUAAAUAUAGUCAAUAGAUUUCUGAAGACAUAAAGUGAUCAAAGAGGUGCAAUGAGCUCGAUCGAGUGUUUGCCGGACAUAAUACUGGACCACAUCUUCUGGUUCCUGCGGCCACUGGAGCUGCUGCGGUCAUGCGCGCUGGUGAGCAAGCGCUGGAACACGCUGGUGGUGCGGCGCGCGCUCGUGGUGCGCGGCACGCGCCAUCUGCAGCGCGUGCGGCACUCGCUGCACGCGCUCUACGUGCUGCUGCCCGACAUCAUCAGCGAGAUGCCGCCACGCGUGCCGCUCUUCGACCUCGUGCCCACUAUAGUGCGGCAGGCCCCCUUGUUGGUUGAAUUGUCCUUGGGAGUGGAUGUACCGCUGGACCCCUACAUGAUGGGCACAUUGAACGGGCUGCGAUGUCUCCGCCACCUCGACGUGUUUCCUUCUUACAAGAUUGGUUCGGAAACGCUGCCCCUGCUGCUGAGGCUGGACGCGCUGGUGCUAAACAACGUAGUACACUCCAAAGUCCUCGUGGAGUUGGCCACCCAAGGCCGCCUUAAGGCGUUGCACUUGCAAGGGUACCUACUGGUCCGCAACUAUCCACUCCGUGGUAUGCUCAGACUCAUUAAUGCGACAGACCUGCGCGAGCUCACGUUGCGCUGUAGCGAGCUGCAUAAUCCUGCGUACGAAACUGUCGUGACCUGCCCAAACCUAACGUCACUGCAGCUAUACUCGUGCCGGUACCUGACGGGUGCAGGCGCGGUGCACCUGACGCGGCCGCGGGGUCUCACGCGCCUGCAUGUGACGGGAGCGCGCAGUCUGUCGCCCGUGGGGUUGGCCGCCAUGCUGGCGACGCUCCCACCUGGCCUCAAGGACCUGGCACUGAGCGGUACGAGCUUCGCAGAUGAACACGCCCAGCUGGUGAUCACCCACGCACCCCACCUGGAAGAGCUAGAGUUGUGGAGGGUUCACAUAUCCGCGAAGGCGGUAAUACUGCUAGCUAGCUUGCUGUUGCAAAUUCGUUGCCUUAGUGUGGAGGUGGCGAUGACUGCCGAGCAGCUGCGUAUACUGGCGGUGCACCCAACUUUAAAGCUGGUGCGCUGCGGCUCGAUGCCAAUGAAGCCGGAUACGUACAAGAUCAGCGGUUUGCGCGUCGUGUCCACGAAGGCGAAGUACCCGCUCCCAUGCAUGUUUCAAUCAAACCUGGACAAUUCCACAGACGGGUUCCGUGCGUCCUUCUGCUACUACUGGAUGCAUUACAGCGAUCUGGAGCCGGUCGGCGCGACUGCGAACAUGGCGAUCAGCACCGUGAUGGAGGACAGUCACAACAACAUGUUCGCCAAACUGCCAAUACCUGGAGCGACGUACGUCACGAACACGAUCAGUAUCGACGGGGUCUAUAGAGAAUAUUAUAGAAACUACUCGUACGACGUGGACAAUGAAGUGGUGGGCACGAGACCCUCUCGGUUUACUGUAAAGUACUCGCAUUGUUGACUCUGUCUAGUCUAAGGAGUACACUCUUGUAUGGGGAUCACACACACGCACACACUACAACUCAGACACCGCUACGAUUCCGCAAUAAGAAUCUGGGAUUCUGUUGGAAAUGGAUCUAUUCCUACAUUACGAUGAAGAGAGGUGAGUUGACUUUGAGCCUUUGAGUAAUUUAUCCCACAUUACUCGAAUGUCACAUCAUAAUACAACUCAUUCUAAUACGGUAGUGAGUCGUAAUGCCCGUGUGUCGCGCUCACGCUUAAUUCGUCACUCAUGUAUGUCUUCUGUAUGUUGAGGUAUCAGGACUAUAGCACUAUCGAAGUAGGCAUACUUCACAGUCGGCAGACUGUUAACGCUCGCUGUUAACGAUUUAAAAUUCUAGCAUAAUGUCGAAAAUGUUAUUGAAAGUGGUGGUGUGCUCAUUUUCAAAUAUUUUAUUACAUUGUAUAAUAAGAAAUUAUUUAUUUUUUACCAAGGUAAUAUCCCAAUUUUGAUGAAUUUUAGAACCUACUUAAGUAUUGUACGUGUGUACAUAAACUUUAAAUAGAGCUUCAGAGGCGGACGUUACGGGACACCUUGACACCUUUCAUACACGAGCAAUACCGCAGGCAAAAACUAGUUAUUUAUCUAAUCUGAAUUUGUAAACAAUUCUAUUAUUUUGUAUAAUUUGAUUACAUUACUCCUUAAAAACGAUCUGUCUAUAGAUAAAUGUACAUACAUUGCACAAUGGCGCCCAACGUGGGACGUUGCAAGUAUGUCAUGUAGACAUACUUGCAACGUCCCACGUUGGGCGCCACAAAAAGAAUUUCAUCUCUCCAUACUACGAGAGAUUUAGUAAGAAUAUUUGUCUUUUGUAGAUUCCUCUUUUAUGGAAUAAAAACUAUAUAAAAAUUUUGCAUUGCUUAAUAUUAUUGAGAUGUUAUAGUGUGCGUAUCUUUUUUUUUUUUAACAAACAAAUAUAUUAUUUAUUUCCUUUUGUUCACAUAUAUGUACUUAAUCUAAGCUUAUUAUUUAACUAUUCUAGGUAGGGUUACAAUACAAUGCCUGUAUAGAAUUAAAUCUGUAGAAGUAAAUCUGAGUGAAACACAAUUUUGUAGCGGUAACCCUUUGUGAACUCGUAUUUGCAAGAUGGCGGCUGCGGCACAAUAGUCGGGACCCCACGAACUUGCAUUUUAUAUUUAGGUCAUGUAAUCAUUCAGUUUUACAUGAGUUCAUUUAAUGUCAUGUUAUUGAAAUUAAAUUGUAUUAUUGAAAAGAAAUGAUAAUAAAAUGCAAUGAUACGUUUCACAAGCUUGAUGGUCAGUGUAAUUCUCUGAGAAUACAAUGACCUUACUAAACAUCAAAUUAAAUUACGUUCUCUAUUUGAGGAGAGCAAGCGCAAAUUGUAACUUUUGAAUGUACCUCCACCUAGCUGUAAGAUUAAUGUCCAGUGUUAUCUAAUUAGAAUUAGGUAAGAAGUAAGAACUAUAAUAUUAAGUAGGUAUCUAUUUUGUUUUGUAAGCAUUCCCUCGACGUGUACUGUGGCUGUGUCCGUCUGUACCGAAUUAUUAUUCACAUGUCUCUUCUACUUCUAGUUUCUGAAUGUUUUUAACUUUUGCAACAAAUGCAUUAAUAAAUGAAUGUAUCUUAUACUAGUAACAAAACGUUUGUAAUGAGCAUGUUUGUCAAAUAAAUCAGAUUUCAAUCUUGUCUCAAAUGUUGAUUUAUUAUUAGAUAUUAUUAUCGAAACCAAAACAGACCAAUGACCGAAAUAAAUACCGAUCUCAGUAA